AUGUAUGACCCCACACGACCACCAGACGUGCACUUCGCGGUCGAGCGCGUCACCGGAGGGCCCCUCUUCGCGGACGACGCCCCCGAGCUAGUCAGCGCGUCGGGCUACAACCGCCACGCCCUCCGAUCCUCCAUGAUCGACUUCCACUACAGGCGCGCCGUCGCGGUCGUGUGGCCGCGCGCCCUGGCGGCCGACGCGCUGCGGUCGGGCGGCCUGCCGGCGGCGCAGCACCUGCUCGGCCGCCGGCUCGCGGCCGGCGCGGACGCGGGCGCGGCGGACGUUGCGGCGGCGCUCGAUUUUGUUGCGGACGAGCUGGGGCAGGUCUCCGCCGGCGAGGGCGGCCGGUGGUACUGCCGGGGGCGCUUCAUGGGGAUGGGCGGCAUGGAGGACGCGGCCUGCAAGGCGCUGGCGGCGGUGGCGCGGGGGCCGAGGGAGGCGGCGGGGGCGGCGCUGGCGGCGGCGGCGGGCGGGCUGGCGGGCACCCAGGGGGUCUUCACUCCCAAGGUUGCCGCCGCCCUGUUGAAUGCCAUCGUGGCUGUCGGCUGCCCGCCCGACGCCUCCGCCGCCCUCGCCGCCCUCGCGGCCGCCCAGGCCGCCUCCCAGGCGCCCGCCUGCGCGCAGCUCGCGCUCGCCGCCGCCGCGGCCGGCCGCGCGCCGCUUGCGCAGGCGGUCGCGGACGCGGCCGCAGCCGCCGUCCUCGCACCUGCCGCCGCCGCCGCCAGCCAGGCGCCAAAUGCCACCGGCGCGCCCCCGGCCCUGGCGCCCGCCGCUGGCGCGCUGUCUCAGGAUGCCAUGGUUGCAGUUGCUGACAUGCUGGCGCAGCUGCCGCCCUGCCGCCGCCACCUGGCGGCCCUCGCGGCAGCGGCCGUGGCGCGGCCGGACGCGAAGGCGCUCCUCAAGCGCCUGCUCGCGCUGCCCAGCCUGUCGGGCGCCGCGGGCGACCCGGAGGCCGCGGCGGCGGUGGCGGCGCUGUGCGAGGCGCGGCGGGGGCACCUGGAGGGGCAGGGGCGGCCGGCGUUCAGCUGGGAGAUGCCAGACGCGGUCGUCCCCAACUGCCCAGACAUCCAAGCCUUCCUGCGCGGCCCCGAGCAGUCCGUCCGCUUCACCAAGUUCCUGUCUGGCGUCGUCCACGCACGCACCAUGGCACAGCGGCUGUUCAACUCGACACGCCCCAAGGACAAAGUCCCGGGGUGCGCCCAGGGCCGUGCGGCGCGGCGCAGGGGCGGCGGAGGGGGGGCCGCAAACUACAGCGCGACUGCGGAGGCGGGCGGCAAGGGCAAGAGCGCCUGGCUCCAGGUCACAAAGACGCGCGCCUGGUUCGACGCACAGGCGGGGGAGGCGGCCGCCGACGCCGCGAACUCGGGGGCGCUCGACGCGCUUAUGGCGCGGGCUGAGGCGGCGCUGGCGGCGCGCGGCGGGUGA